AUGUACACUGAUCAUCAGGGCACUGAUGAUCAGUGUGCCCUGAUGAUCAGUGUAGCCCCAGCAGCGUCACCUGUCAGUGUCCAUCAGUGCCUCGUGCCAGUGCCCAUCAGUGCCACAUAUCAGUGCCCAUCUGAGCUACCUUUCACUGUCACCCAUCACUGCCAGUCAGUGCCACCUAUCAAUGGCAAUCAGUGCCACCUAUCAGUGCUGCCUAUCAGUGCCAUGCCAGUCAGUGCCGCCUAUCAGUGCCCAUCAGUGAUGCCUGUCAAUGCCCAUCAGUGCCACCUACCAGUGCCUCCUCAUCAGUGCCACCUAUCAGUGUCCAUCAGUGCAGCCUAUCAGUGCCAUCACUGCAGCCUCAUUAGCGCAUAUCAGUGA